AUGAGUAGUCUCAUCUCCUGCGUCUCUUGGUGCGAUUCACAUAGUCUUGGUGUUAGACUAUCAGCUCAUCUCGAUCACAGGGUCAAAAGAGGCGUAGCAGCCCGACACCCAGAGAAAUAUGUCCUGGACGAUAAUGAGCUCGCUAGAGUUAGCGCGCUCGCCCACAUCGAACUGGAAGAUGCGCGAAAAGAAUUGGAGGCCGCACACAAGGCUGCAGGAAUGAUGGGAAGGGGCGCCGAAGGCGAAGAGGCCGACGAUGUAGACGAGGACGAAGACGAGAGUGCCUGGGUCGAUGAAGAUAACGACCAGAUUGACAACGAUGUCAGCAUGGAAGUAGAUGGGCCAAAAAAGCCAUCAAAGCCAGCCAGUGGAGACGAUGAUCUCGCCGAGUACAAUCUGGACGACUACGAUGAGGAUGAUACCAUGCCUGCCACGGGUCCAUUUAGUAAUAUCAAAGGGCUCACAUACUAUCGUAAUAAUGACGAAGAUCCAUACAUUACCUUGAAAGAGGACGAAGAAGACAACGAACGAGAGGAACUCGAAGUCCUGCCUACCGACAAUAUCCUCGUCACUGCCAAAACAGAAGACGAGAUCUCACAACUCGAGAUCUACGUCUACGACGAGUCCGAAGAAAACCUCUACGCACAUCACGACCUCAUGCUCCCCAGUUUCCCCCUCUGCCUCGAAUGGCUUGACUUCCCUCCCGUCACCUCCCCAUCCGCCCAAGCCACUUCCACCUCCCCCGCAAAACAGUUCGGCAGCUACAUCGCCGUUGGCACGAUGGAGCCCGAGAUUGAGAUCUGGUCGCUCGACGUCGUUGAAGCGAUGUACCCCGAUAUGGUAUUGGGCCGCCCGGACAAGACAGCCGCGCACGUACCGACACCGCUCGGGACUGGCAAGAAAAAGCGCAAGAAAACCAAGCACCGCGCGACGUCUGCAGCAUAUCACGUCGAUGCUGUCCUCUCACUGUCCUGGAACCGCACACAUCGGAAUUUGCUGGCGUCCGCCUCUGCGGAUCGCACGGUAAAGCUGUGGGAUCUCAGCCGCGACCCGACGAUCAGUGGCGAGGGUGACGAGGGGCAGGGUGCACUGCGGAGUUUCGACGUGCACAAGGACAAGGUGCAAUCGGUGCAGUGGAACGAGAAGGAGCCGACGGUGCUUCUGACCGGCAGUUAUGACCGGACGGUGAGGACGUUCGACUCAAGAGCGCCAGAUGCAGGAGUUGGCGCGGUGGUCGGAGCAGAUGUCGAGGCGAUCCGAUGGGAUCCAUGGGAGGCUCACGGCUUCUACGUGUCUUUGGAAAAUGGCCUCGUCUUGAACUUUGACGCAAGAACGUUGCCUUCCGACCUAAGCUCUCCCUCGCCUGCUCGCUUCACACUCUCCGCUCACGACGGCGCCGCAUCUGCGCUUGACGUGAAUCCACUCCUACGGGGCUGCAUCGUUACUGGCGGGACCGACAAGAUCGUCAAGGUCUGGAACGUCAACGAGGAUGCUGAUCUGGAGAAGCGGCAAGUCAGCCUCGUCAUCUCUCGCGAUCUCGGCGUGGGCAAGGUGUUCUCGACGUCGUGGUCGCCAGACGACCCGCUCACGCUUGCCGCGGCGGGGUCCCAGGGCAAGCUGCAGGUGUGGGACAUUGGCGCGAACGCCGGCGCGCGAAAAGCCCUGGGCCCUAAGUUGGCCGAAGCGGGCAGGAUGCUGAAGGAGAAGACGGGAGGGGGAAUCGUUGGCGUUGCUAGUGAUGACGAGGACAGCAGCGGGGAUGAGGCUGAUGAUGAGUGA